AUGCGGCUACAGGCGGCGCUCCUUUUGCUCGCCUCGUGCGUUCCGUCGGCACUGGGCAUCUUCGUCGACGAAGUCAACCAUAUCGACUUCCACCAUGCGCUACUAGGCGUCCCCUCGUCCCAAUCGACCUUCUUUCUCCAACCUUCCACUUCUUCCCAAGCUUCCUUGCUGUACACCCUUUCCGAGAAGUCCGUGCUUGGUGCUGUCAAUCCCAGAGAUGGCGCUUUGGUCUGGAGACAGAAUCUCUCGCGUUCCUCGCUGCCGGGCGAUGAUGAGGCCCGCGGCCUCCUUCGUGGCUCCGACGGUACCAAUGCCAUGGUCGGCGCGGUCGGCGACUACAUUUCUUCGUGGACUGCUCAAGAUGGAAAAUUGAUCUGGGAGAACUGGUUUGAGGAUGGAUCCGUGGCGGAUCUCGAGCUUUUGGAGCUGGAGGAUGCCACUGCGACUCCGUCUUCCAGAGAUACGAUUGCGCUUUUCGGGGGCAAAGCGGGGAUUGUCAGGAGAUUAGAUGGCGAGUCUGGUGAUGUCAAGUGGGAACACAAGGAUGGAAGUGGUGAUGUUCCCUUCCAAGUGUCCGCCUCUUCCACCGAAAUCUUCUACGUUUCUCUGCAACCCGCUUUGUUGAAGGGCUACAAAAUCAAGGUUACGUCGUUGGAUUCUGUUACGGGUCGGCAGACUCAGCAACAAACCCUGAACUCGGAGGGUGAUGUGUCUGGCCCAGACUCGGUCUUGUUCGUGGGCUCAAACACUGCUGUUCCUCUGAUCGUCUGGGCCGACAAGUCCAUGAAGACACUGAAGGUCAAUGUCAUUGGUUUGAAGCAAGUGAGCACCCUGAACAUCGACAAUGGAAGUGGUGAAGAAAUCCGAUCAAUCACCGUGCAUGCUCCUAAGAAGCUCAACUCGCUCCCUCAUUUCCUGGUUCACUACGAGACAGACUCUAGCUCCUGGGCUGAGGUUUAUCACGUGGAUCUGAAGUCUGCAGCCGUUUCUAAGGCUUAUGAUUUACCUCGUUUGCAGGAACACUCUGUCUUUGCAACGAGCAACAAAGACGCUAAUGUGUAUUUCACUCGCAUCACCGAGUCGGAGACCACCGUUGUCUCCUCAGCUUCUCACGGGAUCUUGGGCAGAUGGACUCUCAAUGCGCCCUCGAAAGAGCGUCUCCUGCACGCCGUAUCUGAGGUUGUUCCUAAGGGCGAUAGCAUCGCUGUUCGAUCCGCUGCUGCUUCGGCUUCUGGCGACUGGCAGCUUAUUCGAAACGGCGAGUCCGACUGGACCAGACCUGAAGCUUUGUCUGGUGCAAUUGCUGCUAGCUGGGCCGAGGUUGAUUACCAGGAGGAGUUGGUCCAUCAACUUGAAGUUGAAGGCCACGAGAGUAUUCUUGCAGCAUAUGUCCACCGUGUCAAGCGCCACGUGAGGGAUCUUGAACAUCUUCCGGACUGGUUGAGAGAAUUGCCUAAGCGCAUCUUUACUAGUUUCCUGACCGACCAAGUGACCAACCUUGACAGCUUUGAAAUUAUCAAGCAAGUCAUCGUUGCAACUGAAAAUGGUCGGGUCUUUGCCCUUGAUAGCGGAAACCACGGCUCUGUUUCAUGGAGCGUGAAAGCCGCAGAGGCGGAGACAUGGAAUGUCAAGGCCAUUGUAACCAAGCCAGGUUCUGCUACUGUGUACACCGACGACGAGGGCUCUGUCACUCUGAACGUUACUUCGGGAGACAUUAUUAAGCGCACCCCGCCUACUGACACCAAGAUCCGUUCUGUUGCUGUUAUCGAUGAUGAAGUCACUGUUGGAAUCAAGGAAGAUGGUACCCCGGCCAAGCCUCUGGAUGGCCCAGGGUUCCUUGUCACCACUAGCGCUGAUGGACGUGUUCUUGGAUGGAGCGGAGCAAACAACAAGGCCCCCGUCUGGGAGUUCCUGCCUCCAAAGGGCCAGAAGGUCAUCCGCGCCACUGCGCGCCCCUCUCACGACCCUGUCGCUUCGAUUGGCAAGGUUCUGGGUGAUCGAUCGGUGUUGUACAAAUACCUCAGCCCUAACCUCGCCCUUGUGACUGCUGUGGGUGAUAAAUCCGCUAGCUUCUACUUGCUGGAUGCCAUUUCCGGCCAGAUCCUCCAUUCAAGCACCCAAAAAGGCGUCGACACCAGUCAGCCAAUCGCUUCCGCCAUUUCCGAGAACUGGUUCGCAUAUUCUUUCUGGGGCGAGAGCGAGGCAAAGGGCUACCAGCUUGUGAUCUCUGAACUCUACGAGUCGCCCAUCGCCAACGACCGUGGUCCUCUUGGCUCUGCAACCAACUACUCCAGCAUCCAUGGCACUGAAAUCCUGCCUAGACCGCAUGUGAUUUCCCAGGCGUUCGUCAUCCCCGAACCAAUCUCCCACAUGUCCGUCACCCAGACUCGCCAGGGUAUCACUACUAGACAGCUCAUCUGCACUCUUCCCGCCUCGAACGCAAUUAUCGGAAUCCCCCGGCCAGUUCUGGACCCCCGUCGCCCUGUCGGCCGUGACCCCACCUCCACGGAAGCCGAGGAGGGCUUGUUCAAGUACAGCCCAGUCCUCGAUUUCGACGGAAGAUGGUACCUGACACAUGGCCGGAGCGUGGCUGGUAUCAAGAAUGUUCUCUCCAGCCCAACCCUGCUGGAGAGUACAAGUCUGAUCUUUGCUUACGGUGGAGAUAUCUACGCCACACGAGUUACGCCUAGCCAGGCAUUCGAUGUUCUGGGCAAGGGAUUCUCCAAGCUGCAGCUGCUUAUGACAAUUGUGGCUCUGGGAGUCGGUGUGACGAUCUUGGCACCAAUGGUGCGGAGAAAACAGGUCAACGCACUAUGGAAGGCAUAG